AGGGAUGCGAACUGAAUGUCGAAACGAACUUUCAGCCCAUUUACAGCCCGACACCGUCUCCAGGACUCCAGCCGACACCGUCUUCAGCCACCAUCAUCUCCUUCGCCGCAGAAGAGAUUGGAGCUGAAGAGAGGAAGCAGCGCGUCCUCGCCUAAAGCCCUCGCCGCCCUCUUUCGGCUCCUCGCCUCUCGUCCACGCGCGACGACGUGUCGGCAAACACUCAGUCCAUCACUCCAUCCCAAGACUCGCGAGGCGAUGGUGGACGCGUGGUGGCCUCUGCUGGGCGCGGCGAUCCCGGCGCUGGUGGCGGGUCAGUUUGUCCGCAUCAAGCGCCGCCGCGACGAGGAGCAGCGCCUCAAGGCGGCGCGCGGGCGGGAGAAGAGCUCCGACGAGGUAUUCGUCUGCGAGCGCGUGUGCACCUCCAAGCGUAUGCUCAAGAAGGUAGGGGCCUUCUCCAAGGACCCCAUACCGGAGACCUGCGUCACCGUCUGCGGCGUCUCUGAACUCGACGCCUGCGCCGACGCUUGCGCGCGCACCGUCUGCGUCAACCAGCACCAGGUGCCCAAUUGGAACGACGUCUGCCUCAAGAGGUGCCAGAGCGAGUGUCUCAAACUCUCCUCAAACCUCAUGUAAUGACCAUCUCGCUAUUGUGCUGCGCUCCUUAUAUACCACCCCGUCAGGUUCUUCUCUGCUUCUAUCCAUAUCAUGGUUGAGGAACUUCAGACGUCGAUAACCGAAAUUUAUAUAUCUCAAGGAAUUGGAGUGAGUGAAUGUAGCUGGUCAAGGCGGUUAUGUCUUUCAUUACAUUGGCUCUUGCACAUUUCUCUUCGGCAGAAUUUGUUUCCCUACCGAAGAUUUGUUUCUCUUUGGCAGAAUUUGUUUCCAACUAAUUGUGAGUACUAGGUACC